GGCGCUGCCCGGGUACACUGGCGCCUCGCUGCCCCCUCCGACACCCACCACUGACACGGUUCUAGCGGAAAAUACACCGCACGGCCCCGCAGCCAUGGCGACCGAGGUGAAGGUGGAACUGGCGGACAGCGAACAGGACGAAGAGGAGGACGUGUACGAGGUGGAGCGGAUCAUUGACAUGCGGCUGGAGGAGGGUGAAGUGCUCUACAGAGUCCGCUGGAAGAAUUACUGCUCCGACGAUGACACUUGGGAGCCAGAGGCUCAUUUAGAGGACUGUCGUGAAGUCCUUUUAGCCUAUAAGAAGGCCAUGGUAGAAGCUAAGGCCAAGAAAGAAGCAGAAGCCAAGAAGAGCGUGGUAAGUCCAAGGGACAAUCAGAAACUGCCUUCAAAGAGCGACGUGUUUGAUGCAGACUCAGAGAGUGACAGCGACAAAGACCGCCCCGUUCAGAUGCCCAUCAAGAAGAAGAAAAAGAAAAAGAUCCGGGAAGAAGAAGAAUUGCCUACGAAAGACAAGAAGAAGAAGAAAGAAAAACGAAAGGAUGAGGUGAGGCCUCUGCCUGCUCCAGAGACAGAUGAAGAAGAAGAAGAAGAGGCAGAGAGGGCCCCUACUCCAUCUUCACCUUCCAAGGAGAAAAGGGCGGAUCCAAAAAAGCGUCUGCUUGACUCUGAAGAGGAUGACGAUGAGCUUGUCCCCUCCAAAAAACACAAGAAGGAAAAGGGAAAAGACGGAGGAAAGCAUAAGAAAGAAAAGGUAGAGGAGGGAAAGAAAAAGAAAGCAAAGAAGGAUCGAAAGAUUGAAACCUCUGAUGAGGAGGCAGCUGCUCCUCUGGAAGAUGACCUGAGUGAUGGCCCUUCAGAGUCCCAACUGGACGACACCACAUCAAGAGAGAAUGUAACAAAGUCGGCUGAAAGGUUGCGUUUGGACGACAAGUCGAAACUGAAGAAGGGAAAGUGGGAAGUAAAACUUCAGGGCUUAAAGGACCUUGUCAGUGACAAAAAGAGCAAGAAGCCAGACAGCGUUCUGAAAGAGAGCAGCCUCCAAAAGCUGAAGGGCCUCACCUCAAAAAGCAAAGAGGACAAUGCCCCACACUCCGACUCAAGUGAUAGCUCCACCCUGCAUAAGAAAGUAAAAACCAAAGGGCAGGAGAGCACGUCUGCAACACUCAAAGCCCCGUCUUCCUCCACAUCGUCGUCGUCCUCAUCUUCCGUUUCAUUAGCCGCCAGCACCAAGGUCAAGGAGGACGAUGUGGCCAAAGAGGAGUUAUUGGGACAGAAGGACCCCACAGGCUCCACUAACCUGUUUGAGAAGUUCCUGUUAAACUGUGAGGCCAAGGAUCGUGCCCCUCGCCGGCAGCCAGCUCAUCAGCCUCCUGUAGAGAAGACCAGUGGCAAACCUUCAAAGCUACUUGGAAAACUGGAGAAGUUCCCCAAACCAAGCAAAGAGUCUCCUGCUCAGAAACCAGAGGCUGAGAAGACCGAGAGGACUAAGCAAUCAGAUGGGUCCAAACCAAGCCAGAGUUAUGGAUUCAACCUGGACAGCGAUGAGAGGGAAGGAGAAGAAAGUACUGCAAAGCCGAGGAUAGGGGAGGAUCCUCGGGAGCGGAGGGAUAGGCCAGAGGAGCCACAACGGCCUAGUUGGGAAAGGAGAACUUCAACUGAUGAUAAGAGGAAGAGGAGAGAGGACAGUGAGCCGAGACGCCUCGUGACUGAAGACCAUAAGGACUCCCAGGAGCCGCCAGAAGACAAGGGUCAAGCCACACUAAGUCUUGGAAUGGACCUCAAUCUGGACUGGAUGACUCUGGAUGACUUCCAGAAACAUCUAAAUGGAGAGGAUGAGAUCCUGUCAGGUCCACCAUUAACACCCAGUGAGCUGCGGGAUGCUGUGAAAUGUGGAGAUUACAUGGCUGUGAAAUUGGCACUUAAUUCUAAGGAGGACUAUAAUCUUGACCAAGAGGCAUGUACAAUUGGGGAGAAGAGGUCAUUUGAAGGAGAGAGGAGCUUGAUUGAAGAGAGAAGUACGAAUGAUGCUCUUAGGUUGACUGCUAACCUUGACAGUUCAAGAAAUGAAGAGUGUUCCCCAAGCAUUAAAGAGAACAUACUACAAGUUUUGGAUUGUCCAAAAGAUGUCGAAGAAAUGUUAUGCCGCCCGGCCUUUACAAACUCAGAGCAAGUGACAAGGAGGGAACAUGAAAGCAUCCUAAAAGGUGGGAACGAUAUCACUGAAUUCAAAAAUAAUGAUUGUGAUUCAAUCAUUGAGCACAAAAGUGACGUAAAGAAAGACCGGAGGCAAGCAGAGGAAGAUGAGAUGUUUGAUGACACGAAAGGUGGUUCAUCAAAUGAAAUGAGUUUGGAUGCGGUAUGGAUGCUGACAAGGGAUGAUGAAAGAACAGUAAUAAAGGACAUAGCUGACAAACAAUGGUCCCCUCAGGAAGCAAAUGACUCAAAUGACGAGGCAGAGGAUGUGGUGGCAGGUCAGUCAGACUGUACAGAUCAAGCUCAAUCUGAGAUGGGCACAAAGGAGAUUGUAAAAAGACGAUCACAGCGCUGUUGGAAAACUUCAGAGAAGAAAGAACCAACGCGAUCAAGUCUAAGGACCUGUAAGAAAGUGCUUGAAGCAACACCUUGCACUGUAGAGGAGAAAAGAGAGCCAUCGAAGAAGCAUUUCUGUUUAUAUUGCAAAAUGGCGUUCACCCAACUUGCAAAGCAUUUGGAAAAGAAGCAUGCUGAGGAAACGGAUGUUGCCCAUGCAAUACACUUCCCCAAAGGUUCCAAAGUGAGGCAGUCUUUGCUUGACCAAAUUCGCAAUAAAGGAGAUUAUGAGCACAAUUGCCAUGUUGUCAAAAGUGGCGAAGGGGAAAUUUUCUCUAAGAAACAGGUGAAAAAUCCCACCAUAUCUGUUCGUGACUUCCUGCCCUGCCAGCACUGCUUUGCUUUUUACCGCAAAACAGAUUUAUGGAGACAUGAGCGGUCAUGUAAGGCCAGAAAAGGAGAUCAGAAAUCCUCUGAAAGGACAAAUCGAGUCACCAGUACUGCCCAUCAGCUGCUUCCAAUGUCAGAGUUCCUAACUGGAGGCUGCGAGGAAAUCAUCCAUAUCAUGCAUCAAGAUGACAUCUCAAGGCAUAUAAGAAAUGACCCACUUAUUUGUAAAUAUGGCAAUGCAUUGUCUGUUAAGUAUGAACAUGACAAGUCACAGUUUGCUUAUAUUGCACAGAAAAUGAGGGAACUGGGUAGAUUUGUGCUGGCUGUAAAUGAGCUUGACAACAGUGUGAGGUAUUUGCAUGAAUUAUGUCUACCAUCCAAAUUUGCAUUGGCAGUUGAAGGGGCCAAAAGAGCUAGUGGUUUUGAUCCCAGUUCCAGUAAGUUCAAAACAGUCUCCCUUGUAUCAAAAAUUGGCUAUUCUUUGAAAAGAGCUGCAGAAAUAGCUUUUGGGGAAAGCCGCAUGACAGAGGACAGUGACACUGAAAGUGAAGUGAAAAAGUUCAUACAGCUUCUUGAUACAAAAUGGAGUGAGUGUUUUUCUCGCAAAGCUCUUGCAUUGUCUUUAAAACAAGACGUGAAAAAAGUUGAAGUAGACAAAUCAACUGUGACAGAAGAUUUAAUGAAACUACAUAGGUUUAUCGCUGGGGAGGAAGAUGAAGCCAGGGAGGAGCUGAAAGAAAGUCCUUCUAUGUCAACAUGGAAAAAACUCAGUGAAGCCACUCUGGCAGAUGUUUGUCUGUUCAACAGAGGAAGGGUAGGGAAUAUUGGUAGAAUGCUUUUGCAAACUUACACUUGCAAAAAGAGUACUGGAACAUUUCUGCCCUCCGCUGAUCAGAUAAGGAAAAGCACAAAAUUGGAGCUGGACCUAGGUGCCUUUUUUACAAGGUUGGAACUAGAGGGUCAGUAUGGAAGAAACAUGCUGGUUCUGUUAACAGAAAGGAUGGUUUUGUCAAUUGAUUUGCUCAUUGAAAAUCGACACCAAGCAGGUGUUUCAAAAACAAAUCCAUACCUGUUUGCCAGGACUGAAGGUCCGUCCUUCAUCAGAGGAUUGGACUGUUUUCGGAGGGCUGCGGUGGAAUGUGGAGUUAGAAACCCAGAGGCACUUCUGUCCUCAUCAUUAAGAGAGCAAAUUGCCAGCUGCUGGCAGCUAAUGAGCCUGAAUGAACGGGAAUUGGACCAAGUUGCCAAGCUAGUGGGGAAGAGCAGUGAGGAGUGUAACAUGCUCUCAAGAAAUGCAUUGCAGCUGGAGGAAGUGAGCAAACAACUGCUCAAGAUGGAUCGCACACUGCCAUCCACAAGUCCACCUACCCCUACAAGAGAUGGAACCUCAUCGAAGCCAGCUUUAAAGAGAAGACCUUGGAGCGAGGAGGAGCAAGCUGCAGUGAAGCGAUAUUUAAGUGAUUUUAUCACAACCAUGAAGGUUCCCGGAAAAAAACAAUGCAAUGCUUGCAUAGCUUCUGAACCAGAUCUUCGUGGAAGAUCUUGGACAGACGUCAAAAACUAUGUACACAACACACUACAGACAGUCCGCAGGAGAAAUAACCAGCAGACGUCUGAAGGGAACGUUAACACUUUGAAUCCAAAGAGUCGUAAAGCUGGAGUCCAAACCACAAAGAAUGAUUUGGAAGAUACAAAUGAUGUCUGUACAUUGACAACAGUGGACCCAGAUCACUUGACAGGAAGUUCAAACUACUGUAUGACAAUGGCUCCUCAAUCAUCCACACCAUUCCCCCAAGAGAUGAUUUCAACUUAUGCAUCCUUUAGUUCCACUACUACAAACAUGGUCCAUACAAGUCAAUCAUUGAUGUCAACCUUCACACCAUUGAAUGCUACUGAUACACAAGUAGUUCCCACAUUUACGCCACUCAGCACUACAAAUGCACUUAUCUCUUCUGCUUACACUUCAGAGAACAACCACAUUCUUCCACUAUCUUCAUAUACACAGAAUGCAGCAAUUUUGCAACCCACUUCUGUGUACUCCCUACAUGACACUACAGGUUCCGCAAUGAUUCCUUCUUUUAGUUCCCUAAAUCCUCCAAGUACCUCAAUGGUCCCUACGUUCACAUCAUUAAAUACCUCAAGCCCACCUAUGAUUCCUGUUUACUCCCCACUCGAUGACAGUAGUCCUAUUGUUUCUUCCUUUACACCUCUGAACCAUUCAGGUACACCAUCUUACCCCACAGACCCACCUAGGGCCCCUACAACUGCACAGGUUGUCCCAACAAUUCUUGGACACGCUGUUCCUGAUACAGCACCAGUGGCACAGGAAAAGGCACCCAUGUCUACUAAAGUAAGACAAACCAAUACUGGUGAGAAACCUCAAAAGAGAAACAAGAGGUUGUGGAGCGAGGAGGAACAGGCAGCAGUGAGGCGUCAGUUUGGAGACUUCUGUAAACUGGUCAAAGUGCCAGGCAAAAAGGAUUGCGACGCAUGUUUAGCUGCUGAACCUGCCUUGAACAGCAGGACAUGGAGGGAAGUUAAAUAUUUUGUACAUAACUCAAUUCAGUCGAUGAAAAGAAGAGGGCAUGCUGUUGCCUCCAAGCAAAGUGGAGGACAAGAACCAGAGACUCAUAAUUUGAACGCAGAUUGGGAUGGUCCUGUUUAUCUGUCCCUGUAAAUUUUUGUAACGGACAUGCUACAAAACAAUUGGUGAUCAGCACUGUGGCUUUAACCUCAUAUGGGGCUUACAAUUUGAGCUGUAAAAAGUGUCAUGUCAGUGAACCUCGAACCUUUCCAGACUGUCCUGCCAUUCUUUAAACCACACCUUUGGAAAAAGAUCAAGAUUUCUGUGGACUGUUGCAUGAAUAUACACUAAAUGGGUGGAAUCAAGGACAUUUGUAUCGUACCUUUGGCUCAGAAAAAAAGCAAAUAUUAUUGUUUGAUAUGUUCAGAUUGCCUGUACAUAUGUAACACAGUCAAUUAUAUAACGGUGUCAAUUUGUCAGUUCAUCACAGGUUAUCAAUAGGACGUGUUCUAAUUUACAGAUUGGAUAAUUUAGUGAAUGGUAAUCUAAUUUUGCGUGCACUCCCUACCCUUGUUUACUUUAAAAAUUAACAUACACUUCAAUCUCUCUGCCCUCACUAAGUAGAGUAUGGGUGAAUUACGAUGGUCAAAUCCUACCAGCACAGUUUUGCAGCCAAUCCCUCCAAAACAAUAGAUGUGUGUUGACUUGCUUUCCUGAAUGCCUGAUCCAAGUGUACUAUAUUCCUGCUUUAGCCAGUAGCCUAUAUUGUAGAUGGCCCCUGAUAGCCUGCAGCAGUAAUGACAUACUUUCCUUGUGGAUGUUAGUGAAUUAGGAGCUCAGUGUUUAUAUCUCGCACUUAAAUAUAACAGUUUUCUGAGGAUCCUGUUGAUAAAUGUUUCAAUUUUCUUUUUCAUGUUUAUUAGUUCAUAAGCUACAGAAUAAGUUUGGUUUUAUUUUUGUAUUGCUAUACACUGACUGUAUAGAACUUUUUAGUACUUAUUGAUGUUUGAUGUACUCUAAUUUAAGAUAAUACACUACAUUGGUCUAU